CCUACGCUAAGCACCCUCCGCCGAUCAGAGUUACGACACUAGCUGGAAUGAUGAGGUGGAGCUGGGAGGGUUAGUGGGCGGAGGAAGUAACCAAGCCCUCAUUGCAGAGUUGAGCUUGAGAAGGAGAAUGGCUUAGUACAUGUAGCUCAUCUUGAGGAACAUCUUGCUGAGAAGACUGCAUCCGUUGAUGAAGCUACCUCCAACCAUGCUGAUCUAGAACAUCAACUCACUGAACAGACAUCGGAGCUCAGAGAACUACAGCUCCUGGGAAACAAAGAGACAUUGUCAACCGAUCACCUUCAACUCAGCCAGACUGUCGACCAGCUGCAAAGUGAGCUUACAUCCCACAAUCACACAGCGAAUUAUUGGAAGCAGAACUGGACAAAGUCAAAACAGAAUUGGAUGCGGAGGUCAGGGAGCUUAGAGAGAACAAAGAGACCCUUGAGAUGAGAGCCAAUGAGGAUGGUCAGCGAGUCUCUCAGCUGGAAGCAGCUCUGCUCAUCUGUAAGGAAGAGCUGACUGGGUAUAUCGAUAAACUAGAUGGAAUGAGAGACAGACAUGAGAAGGAUCUACAGAGUAAGAAGACUGAGAUGAAGAAGUUGGAGAAGCAGUUGAAGCAGGCUAAGGAGGAGUUGGAGACAGUUGCAGACCAGGUUCUAGAGUUAAAGCAAGCCUUGAAUGAACGACAGCAGAGUGCUUCCCGUAUGGCGGAGGGACAGUUAGAAAACCAGGUGUCUCAUUUAGAGACAGGUUUGAAUCACAUCACUACUGAGGCUGAGAACGAUGCUGCAAUGAUCGAGAAGAAACUUCAUCAAGCAUGUAUGGAUCUUGAAGACAGGACCACCCAGCUGACAGAAAUAACUACAACUCUCAGAUAUCUGUUGCUGUUAGAAGGAUAUCAACCACAAAACUGAGAGAUGCUCCGCACCAUGAAUCAGGAUUCAUCUUAGAAUGUGUUUGUCCGCCAUUGCAUGAGGAUGUCAAGGAAUCAACAGUAACAAGCUCAUAACGAUAUGGAUAUGAUGUUUAACAAAAAAAGGAACCAACUGGGAGGUUGGUAUUAACAACUGCAUCUCCUAAGGACCGGAUGUCGCCCAGAGCACUUAAGUCAACUGUCAGUUCAUAAGCAAGGGAGAGCCGAACUACGCUGAAUGUAGGGCUGACACCUGUUGCUACAUUGAACACAACUAAUGUUUCUACCAAAUUUUGCCUCAUAGUGCAACAUAGCAUUCUGUAUGUAAUUAUCAAGUUUUGCUCUAAAAUGCAAAAAGGCGUAUUUAUAAAAUUUUGCUUUCAAAUGCAACAAGGUGUUUUAUUUAAGUUUGCUACAAAUUUUUCCCUCAAAUUCAACAAGUCGCGUUUAUCAAAUUUUGUUUCGAGAAUGCACAAGCAAUUUUUUUAUCAAAUUUGCGUACUUAGCAAAUUUUGCUUGA